AUGUCUGGUUCAGGAAAAACCGAAGAUACCUCAAUUAGUAGAAGUGCUUCAAAACGUAAAGAUACCCUAGAAGAUCAAAAUACACAAAAUGAUUCAGAUAAUCAAGAGUCGUCGAAUUCCGAUAAACAAAAACAGGAAACGGACCAUAAAAAGUUGGCUCGUAAUGCGGAAGAUUCGCUUGAGCUUAUAAGAAAACAACUUAAGCAAGCAUCAAAAAGAUCAAUAUUCUUAACGAGUAGCUUUAUAGGCGAUGAAUUACAAUUAUAUGGUAAAAAGAAUAAGGAUGAAGAAUGUAGUUCUGACGAUGCAACAACAUCAACCAUCAGUUCUCCACCACUUCCUUCAUCAAAAACAAGAAAGGCAAGUGAUACAAAACCCCUUUACGUGACGAAGGAAGAUUAA